AUGGUUCAAUUAUCAACCUUCACAUCUUUGCUGAUCCCACUCAGUAUGGCCUCGACAGCAACAGCAGCAGCCAUGUUCAACCCACGACAGCAGUCGGCAAAUAGUACAACUGCCAGCACUCGAAAGUUGAUUGUCGGAGCCCCCGGCCAGAUCCUAGCCUACGACUAUGAUGGCACCACAUUUGCCAACACCGCCAACUCCUCAUCAGCUGGAACCGCCCCGAGUUGGAUGUUAUUCAAAGAGCCCAACUUGUUGUAUGCUGUCGACGAAAACUCAAACACUACUCGCCUAUACGAGUACAGUCCCCUCAAUAACAGCCUGUCCUCAGAACCGGUGUCCGUCGGCGAGGGGUCUGCCGGCGUCGUCUCCCUCGCAUUCAACAAGGACCAGACCAUUCUCAUCGGCGCCUCGUACUCUGAUGGCCAGGUCGACGUCUGGGAUAUCUCCUCGCCUGAUGGAAGCCUGAAGCUCGUCAAGCAAAUACCCCUCGAGGGCACUCUAGGUCCAGCUCCCCAACAGACGGUUCACCGUGCCCACCAGGCCGUCUUGGACCCUACUGGCCAAUUCUUUGCUGUCGCAGAUCUAGGUGGCGAUGCUAUCCAUAUCAUCAAUGCGUCAAGCUGGGAGAUUAGCAAUGUGGUCUACGUUGACUCUGGUGCUGGCCCGAGACAUGGUGCUUAUAUUGGAGGCAACAGCUCGUCCCCCGCUACACAUUACGCUGUCGCCUGCGAGAUCAAGAACCUCAUCAUCCUCUGGGAGGUUGACAUGACCGGUGGCAACCUCAACUUGACGAACCCACAAACCCUGAGCACGUUUGGCGAUGCUUUCCAACCCCAAAAUGCCACCACUGCAGCCGCCGGUGAAUUGAUUGCUGCAAGCAACAGCAAAGACAUCUACGUCACCAACCGUCUCACCGGCAACGGAAACUUUACUGACAAUAUCUCGCACUUUGUUGUGGAGGACGGCAAGCUCUCGUUUGCUGAUCAGAUCUCCACUGACGGCAUCAACCCUCGGCAACUUAGUUUCAGUCUGGAUGAAUCAAUUGUCUUUGGUGUGAACCAGGGUGGUAGCACAGGACUGUUUGCUUUCAACCGCUGCUCGAAGCAGGGUACCCUCAGCCUCACAGCUUCACUGUCUAACACGGCCGAGGCUGUUACUGCCCUUACUGGGCCACAAUUUGUACAAGAGAUCCCGGUGUCGUGA